CGGUGCCGCCGUGGGUCAGUGCGGACGGAGCUUCGGAAGGAGCGGCAGCAGGACGGACUUCAGGCCGACUGUCCGCUUCGUUCUGUCGGAUCCACUUAGCGCUGAGGCCCCGGGGCAUGCUGGGAGUCACCUGGACGUUCACCUGAGCGGACCCGGGGCUCAUUUAUCGGAUUAAUUUGACCUGUGUGUCCGCAGCAGGACCGUUAGACCACCGGUUGAUCCCGGAGCUUCAGAGACGAGUCUGAGGACCUGAGUCUGGAUCCACUUCGUUUAAUCCGGUUUAUUAUAACCCGGUUUAUUAACCCGGGUUGAGUUAACGGCUCGGUGUGAGCGGGUGAUUGAACCAGGUGAGUCUCCAGGUGUUCUGAUCCGGUCCUUACAAUGCAGACCCGGACCCCGGUGCUGCUGAGACCCUGAGCUCACACCGGACGCUCUGACGGAGGACAUGCCGCUCUCCGCCGCCGCCCGGGAGCGGCUGGAGGCCACCGUGUCCGGACUGGGGGAGCUGGAGUACCUGCGGCAGCGGCAGGAGGUGCUGGUCCGAGCGGCGCUGGAGCUCCGGCAGGAGGAGGAGGAGGAGGAGGAGGAGCUGCGGAGGGAGAAGCUCCUGGAGGAGAACAUCCUCCUGCUCCGGAAACAGCUGAACUGUCUGAGGAGGAGGGACGCCGGUCUCAUCAGUCAGCUACAGGAGCUGGACCGACAGAUUAGUGACCUGCGAUUGGACACUGAGGCGUCACACGACCAGCUGGAGACUGACAGCCGACCCAGUUCAGGUUUCUAUGAGUUGAGUGACGCGGCGUCCGGCUCUCUCUCUAACUCGUCUAACUCGGUCUUCAGUGAGUGUUUCUGUCCAAUGGCGGACGCCGAUGGACGCCUCCUGUCGGCAGAUGAGCUGGCUGGCUGUUUGGAGUGUGACGGUUUGGUUGGAGGCCUUUGUGAUGACUCGUCUUCCUCUGGUACAGUCCGCCGCUCGCUCUCAGCCCCUCACCCGCCCACGCUGGACCCCUUCUCCUGUGACUCCCAAUCCAAGUACCACUGCGACCUGGUGGCCCGAAACGGCAGCGACGUGUACCGCUAUCCGAGCCCGCUGCAUGCCGUGGCAGUCCAGAGCCCCGUCUUCCUGCAGAUGUUGGGUCACAGCAGAGACGAAGGGCUUCUGAAGAGCACUCAGGCUGGUGAACCUUCUGUUUCAGCUCAUCUUGUACCUCAGAGCUCCUCUUGGCCGGCCGCCUCUUCUUCCUCCUCCCAGACUCCUUCCCAUAAGCGACUGGACAGCUACAUCUACAGUCUGCUGCAACGGAGGGCCCUGCCCAUCAGGACCAGCAGACCCAGGACCAGCAUCAGUACUGACCCAUCUAAGAGCAUACUGAGGCAGGCCAGUCUCUGUGUGAGGCAGGUCUCUGGAUCUGGUUUAGGGACUCUGAGAGGGUCUGAAAUCAAACCCUCCUGGCUGGCUGGAGGAGCUUCAGCCGAUGGUGCCGCCACCUCGUCUCCUCAGAGGCAGUGGUCUGUGGAAAGUAAAUCUGAGGAACUGGAGACCCACAGUGUUUUCCCUGACAGCUCUCCUCUUAGUAAUGGCAUUCAAAAUGGCUCCUCUCUCACUAAUACAAGCACUAACAGUCUGCUGAAAAAGAAAAGCAAAAGGCUUCUUUCUCUCUCAGCAGCGUCCACCACUACGCUGCCGAAAGACUUCAGGGAGCCGGACACUCCCAAAGCUAACUCCUCCCUGAAAGAAACCCAGGAACUGCUCCUUAAAUCGUCACCAGUCAUCAAAACAGCUACUCACAAGAACGGCCCAAAGCCUCUCCAAACUGGCCCGACAGAGAAGCUUGAGGGGUCAGUGCUAGAGAUAGCCAGCCUCGGUUCUUCCUCCCAUAGUCAGGAUGAAGCUGGAGGUGAAGAAGGAGGGAUGGUAAAUGCCAAGUACAACCCCACCCAGCGACAGAACGUCAAACUCCGCAAGAGUGGCAGCAAGACUGUCAAGACUAUCACGACGAUGAAGACGAGUCGGGGCUAUGAACACAAUGUGUCAGAGAAAUCCCACCAUAGGUCCAGCUCUAAGAAGUCCCGGCUUUUGGAAGAUGGAGGCUCAAUUCACAUUAAAGUCUCCAAGAGAGUAGCUUGUGGUGCCUCCUCUAAAAUCAAACGUCUCCCUGCGUCCAUCCCUGAAGGCAGAGUUCUGGACAAACACACCCCGUCAACACUAAGCAGCGUGCGGUCUGUAGGAUCCAGGCACCAUCACCAUGGAAGACACCACCACAACAGUGGUAACCACCACCAACAUGGGCAUUAUCACCACGGCCGCGACCAGGUUGUUGUGGUCGCUAAACCAAAGUAUAAACGAAAUGAUUACCGGCGGUUACGUGCGAUCAUGGAGGUGCCGUACGAUGAGGCGUUCAGGCGUGCUCAGCGGCGGCAGAGAAAGGAGCUGUUGAGCCAUUCUGCAGCCAAUGUCUUCCUCCCCUCCGAAGGGCCAUUGAACAGCCCAUACGCCUACGUGACAGGAAGUGACUCAGAGUAUUCAGCCGAGUGCGCGUCACUCUUUCACUCCACCAUCGUGGACACCAGUGAGGAUGAGAGGUCCAACUACACCACAAACUGCUUCGGGGACAGCGAGUCCAGUGAGGAGGAGUAUGUGGAGGAGAGCACCACAACAAGUGACACUGAGGAGAGCGGAGGAGGCGGGGCUGGGGCAGGUGGAAUGGGCAGAGGGUGGAGCCACUCCCGGGCAGCGGGGUCCCAGGCAGCAGAGCAGGAAAUGAGUCCAGCUCAGGCGAAGGCCUUCGUGAAGAUCAAGGCUUCUCACAACCUGAAGAAGAAGAUCCUUCGGUUCAGGUCAGGUUCUCUCAAACUCAUGACCACCGUGUGACUCAAGUGCCAAACUGGACUGCCUUACCCAUACACUUCUUGUGUACCUGAACCAACUGUGAACCACUCCUAACAUGGACAGUGCUUCAGUAGGACAGGUGCUUUAUGGUACACUUAUUUAGUUUUAAACCAACCCCAAGCCUCUUUAGCCUGAAAGACAAACCAGUUAUCCAUCUUUGUAAAAGCAUGUGUGACCCAAUAAGAAAACUAACAGUCCAAAUUGAGUUUUUCUCCUUCAUAUCUGGCCUAAAGGGCUGAUCACACAGAGACACACCAUUGGUUACCUGUGGUACGGCAAGCCUGGCAUGUGCUCCUCUCUUGUGCCCCAGGCUGUGGUUUUCUAGCAGUUUUUAGACACAAAUAAAAGUUAAAACGUCGUACUUCUCAUCAAUGUCACACUUGACCUAGGCAGCCAAUCAAAUCAAGCAAGAGCUUUACUACUUUACCACUUCCUUUCUAUUUUGAUGCUGUUUACUAUGCUGAUGAAUAGGUUAGCUAGCAAGCUAGUUAGCUGACUGUGAGAGAGCUACAGAGCAAGGAUGUAGUGGGGAUAAACCAAGGUGUUUUUGAAGCUGCCACACCUGUAGCAAUGCGUCUCUGUAUGAUCGCCCCCUUACUCUUUUUAGUCAGGAGAUACAUUUGACGCCUUCCAUGGUCACCAGUUCAGUCCAUCUGAACAACCCAGGGUUGUGGUAGUCCUCUGGAGUAGAAAAGAUCUGAUAACUCUGACAAGUUGUGACAUGCAUUGUUGGUUGCCUCUGUUCUCUUCUGGUGUUUUGAUGCUUGAAUGCUAAAAUGGGAACAAGGAGGAAUCUUGUGGUCAGCAACCUUUCAGCAGUGCUCUUGCAAGUUACAUGAUUACUUGAUUGACAAACAAAUCAUCUUAUCAACCAUCUUAUGUGGAUUCUGUAUGUUUUUGGUAAUUCAACUUAUGGUGUGUUCACACUAUACGCAAAGUGCAAAUAACACAAGUUUUUUCACAGGAUCUUUUGGGUUUACUUGCGUGACUCACAUGAGUAACAAGUAAAUAUUCACCCUUUAAUCUGGCUUACUUAUAAAAUAAACAGAUGUUUCUGUGAUUUAAUGUCAAUAAAUGAAUCAAAAGAAUGCUGAAAUGACUACAUAUAGGGGAAAAUUCACAUCUAUUCACAUUUUUGAAUUGGAUUUGUUUGUAAUCUAAUCACAUGAAACAUUCACUUUGCUUUUUGUGUGAACACACCAUUAAAGUUUAAGUGGUUUAAUUUGUGGGGAAGCCAUUACAGCACUGGGUUGAUCACAUGGACUUAGCAACGAAGGCAUUAUGCAGCAGGAACUCAAACCCAGUUCACUAUAUCAACCAAAUCAACAUGGCUGCUCAAACACUAAACAAGUAUUACUGAACUAAGUUUGCACGCUUUUUCUCAUGUCAUAAAUCAGUGGUUAUGUCUGCAUGGAUCAAAUUAUAUCUGCAAGUUUCUGGUCAAAUGAGUCUCCACCUUCCUGCUUUCAGGUCAAAAGCAGCAUCGGAUGCUUUUAGGAAACUGCUGUUUGUAAAGAGGUGAAGGGUUGGUUUUCGCGAAUCAAAUUGGCCUCCUUUACUUGCCUCUCUCUUUCCCGGCCCAACAAGUGCCUCAGUCGACGUAAACCCAACUGUGAGAGGAGAAAUCAAGGUCUCAGUCUGCUUGAAACUGAAUAGUUUGUGUCUUUACGUGUCAUUGUAGUGAGGCUAGAUUUAAUCUUUUUUCUCACAUAGAGCAUAUGCUUAAACAAUGUCAUAUUCUGGUGUAGAAACACUGAGUGGUUUAAGGGAGGCUCCACAAGAUGGGCUGGGGGAACUUGUGUUUGAGGCGGGUCUAUAGGGGCCCAUAGCUCAUUCUUGCCUCUGAGCAGGUUAAUCCAGCCAAGCUUUGUAGUCUGAAAGCCAUCAAUCGUUCAAAUAGGAAUAACAGAACACAUUUUCAGUCUCUCUCUCUCUCUGCA